CAUCCACAAAUUGCUUUCUUUCUUCUUCCUUCUUCCUUUCUACUUACCCGCCUAAAACCCCUCUCUCUCUCUCCAGCUCUCCACAAUGCAAGGAGGACAUUUGGCGUUUGAAGAGCCUGUUCGCCUCUCCUCCGUUCUUACUCCUUCUACGUUCAGCUCUAUACCAUUACUGACCAAAAUUGUUGGAACACUUGGACCAAGGUCGCGUUCAGUUGAAACAAUUGAGGCAUGUCUACAGGCAGGAAUGUCAGUUGCACGGUUUGAUUUCUCGUGGCUAGAUGGGGAUUACCACCAGGAGACUCUUGAAAAUUUGAGGAUAGCUGUGAAAAAUGUCAAGAAGCUAUGUGCUGUUAUGCUAGACACUAUGGGUGCAGAACUUCAAGUUUGCAAUGCGACUGGAAACCCAAUAAAGCUAAAAGCUGACGAUCAUGUGACAAUAACUCCAGAUGCUAGCAAAAUCCCAUCAGCAGAGGUCUUACCUGUUAACUACGAUGGACUUGCUGAGUCAGUAAAGAAAGGUGAUAGUAUUUUUCUUGGGCAAUACCUCUCAACGGGAAUUGAAUCCACCUCUGUAUGGCUCGAGGUUUUGGAGACCAGGGGUCCAGAUGUAAUUUGUCUUGUAAAGAAUAGUGCCACUCUUGCAGGCUCUAUUUUCCCCAUGCAUAUGUCCCAAGUUCGUGUCAAGUUACCCACUUUAACAGAAAUGGAUAAACAGGUCAUUUCAAAUUGGGGAUCGCGUAACAAAGUUGAAUUUAUUGCACUUUCUUACACCCGACAUGUAGAAGAUGUGCGAGAGCUCAGAGCAUUCCUUAAAACACAAAAUCUUAAUGAAACUCAAAUAUUUGCCAAGGUUGAAACUCUGGAGGGUUUGAAACAUUUUGAUGAGAUUCUUCAGGAAGCAGAUGGUGUUAUCCUUUCUCGUGGGAACUUAGGAGUUGACCUACCCCCAGAAAAGGUUUUCUUGUUUCAGAAGUCUGCAGUGCAUAGGUGCAACAUGGCCGGAAAACCAGCCAUAAUUACAAGAGUGGUUGAUAGUAUGACUGAGAAUCUAAGGCCAACUCGUGCCGAAGCAACUGAUGUUGCCAAUGCUGUUCUUGAUGGGGCGGAUGGUAUACUAUUAGGCCCAGAGACACUUUGUGGCCUAUACCCAAUUGAAGCGAUACAAAUUGUGGGGAAAAUUUGUGCUGAAGCUGAAAGUGUUUAUAAUCAGUCCCUUCAUUUCAAGAGAAUUGCCAAACAUGUUGGAGAGCCCAUGUCUCAUGCAGAAUCCGUGGCUUCAUCAGCGGUACGAACUGCUGUCAACGUCAAUGCUGCAAUGAUUGUUGCAUUCACAUCCACUGGAGGAGCACCUAGGUUGAUCGCAAAAUAUAGGCCACCAGUGCCAGUGCUUGCUGUUGUCAUUCCUCGUCUCAAAACAAAUUCAUUGAAAUGGACCCUCACUGGAACACUGCAGGCUAGGCAAUUGCUUAGUGUAAGAGGAGUUCAUCCCAUUUUGAGCAGUCCUAAUGUGGCUACUUCAGGCGGCUCCAGUGAAGACUGGGGAUUGAAAUUCGCCCUUAACCACUGUAAAUCCAUGGGAUGGCUUAAACAUAAUGACAGGGUGGUUGUCUUCCAAAAAAUUGGUGACUCAUCAGUUGCCAAGAUUGUUGAGCUUCAAGAUUAGCCCCCAAUCCCUCAACAAAUCUUCUUUACCAAUCUCAAUCCAAUUUGCUUGCUUUCCGGGGUUUUGUAAUUUACCAGGCAUCUUAUCUGAACAAACAAUUGGGCUUUGCUCCGGUGUCAGGAAGGGGGAAUGCAAUGGCAAUCAGCAUUCUCUAGUCCAAAGUUAGAAUUCAUUUACAACAGAACAAGAGUUUAUUGUUUAUUCAAUAUACCUUUUUCGUUUGGGAAGAAACAUGAAUCAGCAUGAUUUGCUGUCUAAA